GCUAAGCAAUAGUUAGAGAGAGAAACAGAAAGGAGAGGAGAGGAGAGAGAGAGAACUCGUCUCUCUGUGCAAGCCGAGUGAUCGUCGAAAUCACCUUCUUUUGCGGCUUUUGAUUUUUUGUCAGUUAUACUCUCUUAACGUUUUACUUGCAUUUAUCGAUUUCUCUGAUUCUAUAUAGUACUUAUCUGCUUAAUCUCUCACUCUCUGUGUAGAAAAUUUUGAUCGGUUUAUUUAUUUUAGGAUAGUCAAUCAACUAACGGAUUUUCAAGUGUAGAGACUAAUUACUUCGGUUUUGGGAGAUUACUUUUUAUUUUUGGAAGCGUUUGGAUUAACAGAAAGAAACCCUAGUUUUGAUGGCUACAGCGGCUCCAACUCCGGCUCAGGCUCAUCAUUCUCACCGGAAUACUAACCCAGACACCGGCACCGGCGGUCUAAACAGCCCACAGUAUCGGCGAUCAUCAGCCGCUGCGCGUGGCGUUUCCUCGACUUGGACGCAGAUUGUUCGCAGUGGCGAAUCAGAAUCCACCGUGGCGGCGGCGGCUUCCUCUUCACCUCCUCCACCUUCACUUUCUCCUCCUGCGUCUUCUGAGAAAAUCGUUCACUCUGAUUAUUCUCUUUCUGAAGACGUGGCUACAGCUGGUAGUGCUGCUACAGAAGGUCAGCUUGAGAGCUCUGAUAAUAGCAACAACAAUGUGUCUAAAAAGCAGGCUUGGAGUAAACCGUCAAAUGGCGUAGCUGAGGUCAGUCCAGUUAUGGGUGCUGUCUCUUGGCCUGCUCUCUCUGAGUCCACUAAGGCUUCACCUAAAUCGCCAUCUUCUGAUUCACUCAAAGCUCUCUCGGACGGAUCAGUUUCCGUAUCACAGGGCACGGAAAUGACAUCGUCUUCUCAUAGGCAAGCUAAUACUAAUAAUGCAAACCCUAAUUUAAUUUCGAACCAUGUUGGUCCCACCCGCCAAAGGUCUAUGAAGCGAGGAGGUGGCUAUUCAAACCAUAAUGCAUCAGCCAAUGGAGGUUUUCCUCAGCAACAGGCGCAGGGUUCUGAGGUGGAAAUAGUAACUAAUAAUUCUGGGAAGUCAGGAAAUUUUGGUGCUGAGUCUUCUUCAAAGGAUACUAGUCAUAGGGAUGGUGGACAGUCGGGAGGAUUUGGAUCUCAAUCACAUGGUGGAAAUGAGCACCAACAUCAACGAACCUCAAACAGGAGAGGCAAUGUUGGUCCACACUCCCAUGGAGAUGGCACUUAUAAUCAUGGUUAUGGGGGUAGGCGUGAUCAGGAACGUGGAAAUCAGGAUUGGAAACCCCACAGAGGUUGGGGGAAUAGGGAUGCGCCCAUGCAGCCACAUAGAGUUCCAGCAAGGCCAUUUAUGGGAGGCCCACCUCAUACUUCUCCACCUUUUAUACCUCCACACAUGCCUGUGCAGCCCUAUCGAGCUCCUAUGGUUUACCCUGAAGUUGCACCUGUAUAUUAUUUUCCAGGUCCACUGCCUGAUUCAUUUAGAAUGCCUAUGCUUUCUCCUGUGCCACCUUUCUUCUUUCAUGUUCCAGAUCCCCAGAUGCAAACCAAAAUAGUGAACCAGAUAGAUUAUUAUUUCAGUGAUGAAAAUUUAAUUAAGGAUACGUUCUUGCGACGGAACAUGGAUGAACAUGGAUGGGUUCCCGUUACGCUAAUAGCAGGCUUCAAGAAAGUAAUGCAGCUAACUGAUAAUAUACAACUGAUACUGGACGUUAUGAGGUCCUCUACUGCUGUAGAAGUGCAGGGCGAAAAGUUAAGGCGGAGAAAUGACUGGAAUCGUUGGCUCAUACCACCAUCAGUUCAGAAUUCAACCAUGGCAGGUCCUCAAUCUCCACAAAAGUCUAGUCCUGAUUUUCUAGCAGAAAAUCUCCAACGUGUUGCAUUUGAUGAUAAGACUCUAAUACACGGAACUGCCGAAGCAUAUUCCGUCUGAGCAGUUUGGCAACGAGAUGGGUGGACAAGCUGGUGCUCAGCAUGUGCAGCCAAGCAAUUGUGCUUCUUCAAGCAAUCAAUGAGUAUAGUCAUUACUGUUGCCGAUGGCAAUGACGUAUCAGGAAAUAGACACACAAUAAACGAGAACAAAAUGGGGAAAAGAAUUAUACUGUCAUUUAAGCUGGCAGCUUGAUUUUGUUGGGAUAUGAAUUUUGUUUUGUCGGGGAUAAGUGUUUUCUUUUCCUUUUAUGUUAUGUUGUUCCUCUGUCGUGGUUAUUUCACAGGCAUGGGGAAUUUUGAUUCUACUUCCUCAUGCAGCCCCUCAGUUUUAUUUUCUUUAACCAAAAUCUUUGGGGCUAAGGUCACUUAUCUUUGAACGAGUAAAGCUUAUGGAGAGGUAUGAAGUUUCUGGCUUCUGAUUUUUCUUCCUGAAAAGCAGAAGACAUGCUGGCCCUGGGCACAUGAUUAUCUUGUUAUUGGCUUUCUGCUUGUUACAUUGCACCACUGACUCUUUUUUUGUAUGUAUCGUUUUCCCAAGAGGCAUAUGUUGCCCUAACAAAACUUAAUAAGCAUUUUUACACUUGAUUAUGA